CUGUUAUCAAACAGAGCUAAUUGAGAACAUGGCUAUGAUUAAACUUUUACUAGUGUGUGGAAUCUUCUACACAGCUUAUGGUCGAGAAUUUCAAUUGUUAAAUAAUUAUGGUCAACAAUUAUGGAUUGGAAUACAAGGGAAUGCUGGUAAAGGACCACUAGAAGGGGGUGGUGUUGUUUUGAACCCAGGAGAGCGGUUAUCAACCCACAGUGCUGAUGAUUGGGCAGGACGUUUUUGGGCAAGAACUGGUUGCAAUGGAAAUAACUGUGAAACAGGUGAUUGUGGUAAGGGUUUAAAAUGUGGAGGAAAUGGGGGUGCACCUCCAGUCAGUUUAGCGGAAAUUACAUUAAAAGGCUGGGGUGGAAUCGACUAUUACGAUAUCUCAAAUGUUGAUGGUACAAAUAUACCAAUUUCUAUGGAACCGUUAGGCGGUCAAGGUGAUGGAGGACAAUACAGCUGUAAAAAAUCACAAUGUGCUCAUAACUUCAACGAUGAUUGUCCAAAUGAAUUACGAAAAGAGGUAAAUGGACGCACUGUCGGUUGUAAAUCUGCUUGUACAGCAUUCGAUACUGAUGAAUAUUGUUGCCGUGGUGCUCAUGACAGACCAGAAACUUGCAAAUCCACUGACUGGCCACAAAAUUACCCAAAAUUCUUUAAGGAUCGUUGUCCUGAUGCUUACAGCUAUGCUUACGAUGAUCAUAAAAGUACAUUUACUUGUACUGCUCCAGCUUAUUUAAUUACAUUUGGUUAAAACUAAGAUGUUUUAUUGUCAAUAUG